GCGCCGCUUCUCGCCACAAACCCACGACCGAACGACCGACGCCCGUGCCCGGUGUCGCAUUACCGCUCUAAAAAUAUCCCGCGAGCGCGAUCGCCUAUUUAGAAACUGACCGCGCCGUGUUUUGAACCAGUGAUUGACAGUGCCAAGUGAAGAUACCACCCGAACCCCCCAGAUAUCCCCCGACAUGGCACAGUUAAUCACUGUGCGGCUCAACAAGUCAGACCAACAGCCGUUGGGAUUCCGGCUGCAGGGAGGAAAAGACUUCGGCACCCCAUUAGUUGUUCAAAAGGUCAACGGCGGCAGCGCGGCGGAGCGCGCUGGUUUGCAAGCAGGCGACGCGCUGAUUCGCGUCAACAACACCGACGUGUACACGUUGCGCCACCAGGACGCGCAGGACGCCAUCCGCGCCGCCGGGGGCAACCUGGAGCUCACCGUGCAACGUGGCGGUGGAACUUGGCGCCCAUCCGUGACCCCAACGGGCAGCCUGCCAAGGCCUGGCUCUAGGCCGCUCGGCGCCUCCCCUUUGCCUGUUACCAGCACAUCGCUCAAGGCCAAUCCUCAACCGACCCGAAACUUUGGCUCUGGACACAACAACGUUGCAAAACCCUUCGGCUACAUGAACGGCAGUGACUCCGUGAAAAGCAUUGUGAACAAACAGUACAACACGCCCGUGAACAUGUAUAGCGACAAGACAAUCGCCGAGACCCUGUCAGCACAGACAGAGGUGCUUGCUGGCGGCGUACUAGGAGUAAACUUUAAGAAAAAUGAAAAAACUUAUGACGCCGAGAAAAGUGCAGUUUUCAAGGUUCUCCAAGAAGAACAAAACGACCCAGAACCAGAGCCGUCUCACUUUUACUCGCGAGCGAGCGUGGCGCGCGCGGGCACGCCGUGCAGCCUGCACCGCACGCACCGCUCGCGCUCGCGCACGCCGCGCGUCACGUCCACGCCCCAGCCGCCGCCGGCCAAACCGCCCACGCCGUGCGUCACCGCAGGCACGCAGACGCCGGCCAUGGAGCAGCUGACGCCGGAGCUGCCGCAUCGGCCUAGUAUCCCGGUGGGCUGCCACCAGGUGCUCCCGGACGGCCGCAUAGCGCUGGGCGCGCCCGCCGUACCGCAGCCACACCACGACUCGCUGCCCGUUGUCAAUGAUACACCCUAUUGCUCCGACUGUAACCGCUAUAUUGUCGGCGUAUUCGUGCGCAUCAAGGAUAAAAACUUGCACGUGGAAUGCUUCAAGUGCUCGACAUGUGGAUCCUCCCUCAAGAACCAGGGUUACUACAACUUGAACGGGAAGUUAUACUGCGAUAUCCACGCCAAGCUUGUCGCCCGCCAAAACCCACCAGCACAGAACCUCGAGCCCAUUACUGUACCACCGGGUGGCCGUGUGCCCACCAACGCGUAUUCGACUCCAUUACCUCCGUUGGCUACGAAUAACAAUUACCUCAAUGGCUCGCAAUCUAUGUUUAGCCCAUCGAGCAACUUCUCUGGACCGAAGCCUUUCGGUUCCUCGAUCGGAUCGGCUUACUCGCCAUCGCUGUCGCCUCGUUCCGCACCGAUGUCGCCAGCGAGGCCCGUGGCUGCCCCUGUGGCACCGGCUGCUGUACCACAUAGCGUUCCUUUAUCCACGCAGUCUGCUCACGCGCCGUUCGCGCCGACUCAAAGCGUCAAAAGCAUUGUGUGGCCCCCACCAAACCCUCCAGCAGAUGAACCACCUAAGAGAGAUCCUAGUCCAAAACACACAAACAAAAGAGUUAGCAUUGAACCCACGCCAACAAUGGUAAUACCAUGUACUGACAAAGAGGAAAAUAUUCAACAAGUAGUUCAAAAUACUUUCUCCUCUUCUCAGCAGAUAGCUGAAUUCACUUCAAGUGUAUCCUACGCCUCAGCCACUAUGUCUACGACCAAUGCAAUGUCGUCUACAUCUACAACAGAGUCGGUUAAGCAGAGCAAACAAUCUAAAGAACUUCAAGAAAUUAGUAGUUGUGUUGUAGAGUCUUUUUCAGCCCAACAAAGCUCUGAGCAGCAAACUAUGACCAUGUAUCAAGCCCAAACAAGUCCUCCUAUUCAAAAAUCCUACGAAAACCCGAUGGAUAAUGUUAAAAGUGACCAAAAAAUUUACAAUGUCAAGUCUCAAGUGAGAGAAGAAAUAAAAGCUGAAAAGUAUACUGAAAAGCAGUAUUCUGAAGAAGCUAUUAAACCAUCAGAACAGAACGUAUGCAAACCAGAAAUAGAAUCUAAUUAUAAAGAAGAUACUUACCAAAACAAUACAGUUACGGCAUUGAAGAAUAUAGCCGUUGAUCAAUCUUCAAACCAGCAAAACGAAAUUAAGUACAAGGAUGAUAAUAAAGAUGCUAAUAUAAACCAAACUCAGUUUAAGAAACAACAAAGUGAAAACUAUGUUACAGAAGAAAAAAGUGAAAUUAAAUUUAAAGAAACUGAUAAUGAAAUACUUGCUAAAAGACCUCUUGCAACAUCAAUGAUAGAUGCUUUGACCACUGCUCCUGAAAGACCUUACUCACCGUUACCAACUACUUCAGUUCCUAUCAAUGCAAUCCGUCAGCAUAGUCAAAAUGAAUCAGAAGAAAACAAAUCAGCCUCCGCAAUUAAACACGAAGAAUCUGCGAAUGCCGAAACACAAAAUGAACAAUGUGAGAAGCAAGUUAUGCCUUCUCAACCAUCGCCAAUGUUCUCUAUGCAACCGAAACGUGGUAUAUCACCAAUAGCUCCAAUAAAACCAUACAAUCCGCCAGAUAAAAAGGAAACACCCAUUCCAAUGCCCGAAGAAACGAAACCAUAUAUACCACCAGAUUUUAAAAUUAAUAUAGAACCAAAAGUUCCAAGAGCUGAAACAUCGUCUCCAAUGGUCGACGCUUUAACAACGGCACCUAACCGGCCAUUCACUCCAGUACAAAUGCAACAAAUUCAGAGGGGUUCACUCAGAGAUGCAUUGACUAUUGCCCCAGAUCGCCCGUACAGCCCUUUGCCGCUAAAUAUGACUAGCCAAUCCAGUUGUUAUACAUCAACUUCUUCCGUUGAAGUACAAGCAACUACAUGCACAUCUCAAAUUUUGAGACCUAUUGCAACCCAAACAUCUACGCAAAUAACUAAUCAGACGCGCUCAGAAUUUUCAAAUACCAUGCAAAAUACGUGCCAGUUACAAUCCUCAACAAAUAUGUCUGCGUUCAGACCAGUAGCAAAACAAGUAUUUCCACCACCACAACCAGAGGAAUUUUGUAAGCUUACUAAUUUUCCUCCGAUCACUGAUGACUUAAAAACCAGUUUUGAACAGUCUACUCGAGUUAAGCAGGAAACAAUUAUAUCUGAAUCAAAAUCUAUGCAACAAUCUACAAUGACAUCUAAUGGUAUGAGUACCCAGGGAUUUUCAUCCGUGAAAAACGCUCAAAGUUUCUUUGAGCAGCUAGAACAAAAGGAAUCUUUAUCGUCAGUUAAUUUAAGAUCGAAAUCUGGUUUGCAUAAAGCUGAUAAUAUACCUCCGUAUCAGAAAAAUUUUGAUCGAUUACCAUCACAAAGAGGAAUUACGCCUGAGAUUUGUUUAGCCCCAGCAGUACUUCAAAGACCCGUCACUCCUACGACGGAUCCACCAACCAAACCAAGAGACAAGUCCUUAGAGCCGAAAUCAAAUCCACCAAUGAGUAGCCACGCUGAAAUACAAAUUCAGAAACAUACCCAAUUAAGAACACCUAUUCAACAAACUCCCUGCCAGUUUAACAGGAACACUCCCAUUAGUAUGACUUUCCAACCAGUAACAGACGAAAACUUAUUAAGGGUUUCCCCUGCGCGAAGUAGGCCUUCAACUCCCAGUAUGAUAAAUAAACCAGCACCAAUAAUUCCUUAUUACCAAAUGAAUUUGGUAACAGUGGAACACUCUGCACCUGAUAGUUAUUUACAUGAACCAUCAAGCCGUGAAGCAAGUCGUUCACCAACUCCGAAACCACGAUCUCGUUCACCCGCCCAAGGGCCUCCACCUAAUCCUUUGAAAGCUCAAGCGCCCCGGCUUAAGGAAAAUACACCUCAACGACAAAUGGCUCAUUCGCUUCUUACACAAGCUACUUCAAAUCUUAGAAAGGAACAUGAAUCAGUACAAUUUCAAAAUACUGCAGACAGUUUUAAUUCUUCGUCUAUCGUAAAACCGUUUUCACAAGAACAGCCAGCUAUUAUAAGUGAAGAAAGACAUUGUAAUGUUGGAUUUAAAAGUGAAAAUUAUGUCAAAGGAGACAUGAGGGUUAAAGAGGAUUCUAUGAUGAAUCAAAAUUAUGGUCAAAAGCAGACACAAUCUCAAAAUAUAUCAGAAUAUGGAAACAAAACAGUACAAACUACCAGAAAAACGUUCGAAGAAUUUGAAAGAACACAAUCAGCUAAAAUCGUAGAAGUACGAAAAGGAGGUUCUUCAUUUACUGGCGCAUAUCAACAAACAGACCCUAAUUUUAGGCCAUCAAAUACUAACGCUAAACAAGUGUUUCCGCCUCCUAUCAUGAGUUUGUCAUCUUCCCAACAAAACUCAUCUUUUAAUGUUACUAAUGAAGGUAGAUUAAUAGAAAGUUGUCCACAAAUGCCUUCGAAUUCUGGUGCUAACCAAGGUCCAGUGUGUGAUCCUACCCCAUCAACAGGUUCCAGUGUAGGAGCUGCCGCACGUGGUAAAACAUUUGGAGUAUCGUCAGCUCCUAAGCGCGGGAGAGGUGUUCUGAACAAAGCAGCCGUUCCUGGCUCCCGGGUGCCCCUUUGCGCUUCUUGCAAUGGGAACAUUAGGGGACCAUUCAUCACAGCUUUGGGCCGCAUCUGGUGUCCAGAACACUUUAUUUGUGUGAAUGCGACGUGUAGACGUCCACUCCAGGACAUCGGUUUUGUUGAGGAGAAUGGCCAGUUGUACUGCGAAUACUGUUUUGAACAAUAUAUUGCACCCGCUUGCGAUAAAUGCCACGCUAAGAUUAAAGGCGAUUGCUUAAAUGCUAUCGGCAAGCAUUUCCAUCCAGAAUGUUUCAAUUGCGUAUAUUGUGGAAAGCUGUUCGGUAACAACCCGUUCUUCUUAGAAGAUGGCUUGCCAUAUUGUGAAGCAGAUUGGAAUGAGUUGUUCACGACCAAAUGUUUCGCCUGCGGAUUCCCAGUGGAGGCGGGCGACAGGUGGGUCGAGGCGCUCAACAAUAACUACCACAGUCAGUGCUUCAACUGCACGGUGUGCAAAAAGAACCUCGAAGGACAGAGUUUCUUCGCCAAGGGAGGCAGACCAUUCUGCAAAAUUCAUGCUCGCUAAUACUCCGCAAUUAAUGUACAACUCCGACACUGUUUACUCUGCUACGACUUUUCGCCCAGUUUCUCCGUCACCGGCUACGCCUACAAUACCACAAACACCAUCGCCGCAGCGAACAAGAAAGUUGGAAACACCCCUCCACUUCGAUGGAGGAUUGUUUUCCGACAUAAGAAGCACAGACGGCAAAUUGCUCAGCAAAGUCACCGUCGAUCGCAUCCACAGCUCUAUACGCCACGAUGUCACCGACUCGCCUAGCGUGUACGAGAGUACUGGUUUACAUGGAAAUAAAGACUAUGUGGACGACAUAGUUAAAACGGAGACUAUAACUAACGAAGACGUCAUCAAAGUAAAAUUCACUCCGAUACCUCAAGAGCUGGAUCCUCCUCGCCUACUGACUCCUUCGCAAUUUACAGUUAACCAACCGAAAUCACCCAUAGAGUAUAUAAAGGACAACUAUGAGGAUUUACAAAGCUAUAAAAUUGUAAGUUCUUUGUGCAAGGAAAAACAUAUUGAAAAUGAUAUAGGCAGUAGCGCGAGCGAACAAAAUUUAACGGUUAGCGAACCCUACGCAAGAGCUCAUAGCCCACUGGCAAACCUACUUGUUUCGGAACAAUUAACCAAAAUAGACAGUUACUUACAAGAUAGUCUAGAUGUCUGUGCUAUACGCGAAAGUAAGGGCCACAUCACUCCUGACCAUAUGCAAAGAAUUGGAGAAACAGUGUUGGAAAGUAAGGAAACGGGAAUAAACGAGACAUAUGAAGAGAAGACAUAUUACAUUAAAUCAAGUACAAGCAGUAAUAUUGGUAGUUACCAAGAAACAGAAACAAAUGUUGUUGAUAAAAAGGAACCCAUAUCGCAAGCACAAGUAAAAGAAUAUGAAAAACAAGAAGAUAUAAAAAGCAGAUCUGAUUCUUCUCAGAUCAGAUCUGAUGAUCUUAUUAACUAUAAGAGAUCAAAAUCAAAUUGUGUACGCGGAGGGAUCUUUAGCGCUAUUUAUAAUAUGCCUAUACAUUAUCAUGCAGCAAUUUUAUGUUUUAUAUUAAUUGUAUAUAAUCUUAUUUAUCAGUAUAUUAAGCAGAAUUGUCUUGGUAAUAAAAAAUAAAUGCAAAAAAAAAAUUAUAGAAACACAUAUUACUAGUCAUUAAUUCAAAUUAUAUCAAAAUGACGUGUUAAUUUCGAUAUUCGGAUGAUUUAAGUAAUCUAAUGAAUAUAAUACAUUAACUCAAGAUGUAAAUAGUUAUGGACAACAAUCUUCUUUUGCCUUUUUUGUAUUUUUUAAUAUUUUUAACAAUGGUGCUUUUUAGCGAUAUUUGUGAUAUAUCUCACAGUUUCCUCUAAUGUAAAAUUUAAGGCUUUGUACACAGCUUCCGGAAUGUUGCAGUAAACUGUUACUAACAUUAACAGUCGUUUUAAACGUUAAUUAUUAUCGGUACUUUAGGGGGUCCAUUUGGUGCACCAAUAUAAAUAAAUAAUAAAAGUAAAUAAAAAUUAAUGAUACAUCUAGAAAUAAUAAAAAGUACUAUUACAUUAUUCACAUUAUGCAAUAUGAUCAUAAAAUGAAAUUUAACAUUAAUUUAGAUGAUUGCAGGUUUUGCAUCAUUUUAUAUUUACAGCAGAAGAAUUUUAAAUAAUCUUAAGACCUAUUUAUUUAAAGUAUUUUAUGUCAUAGCAUACAGCACAUAAAAAUUAUGUCAGCUUAAAUAAAAUAUUUUAUUUUG